UAGUACAUCUCCGCAGUCCCUGGGAACUGCAUGACAUCGUUAUAAUUUCUGAAGCCAUUAGAGGCCUCAGCUGAGAUCAGGGCCCUGUUGUGGUAGGUGCUGUACAUACACCGAGAGUCCCUGCCCUGAUGGGCUUCCAGUCUCAAAACACAAAUGGUAGGAGGGGAAACUGAGGCACAAAGGGGUGGGGAAGUGACUUGCCCAAGGUGACUCAGGGAGUGCCGGGAAUAGAAUCUCUGGAUACCUGGUCCAGUGGGCGAUGCUGUCUCCUCUUGGCUUCAGUGGCGGCUGGGUCUUCUGACUCCCAUCCACGGGGCCCCUGCCCACAAGUCCUUCCCUCCGCUCUGGAGUGCAGAUUUCUGUGUGUCAACAACUACCUCAGGCCUCAGCUGCAGCAGGGCAAAGGCAGAGCCCUGGCCUUCGCUCGGGCAGGUAACCGAAGAAGGAGCUGUUUGCAGUUGUUUCCAAACGGCUUUAUUUGCUGAGUUUUUUAUCUUAAGGCAAAACUCCGUCUCCUGUUUCUAACCGGCCUGGCUGCAGUGUGCCCCUGGGAACCCAGACCCCUGGCAUGCACAGGCCCCAUGGCCGCCGGUGGAUCUGGGACGCUUCCAGUUUUGGGUGCCUGACUUGGGAUGACUGGGGCCUGGUUUCCACAGGUCUGGAGCAGUCAUUGCUGUUGGUGUUGGUUCUGACCUCCCCCUCCUCCCACAAUGUGUCUGUGGCCCCCAUUAUUCUGGUGUCAGAGACCCCACAAACUUACUGUAUUUAUCGCAAGUCAGGCACCCCAAAUUUGGGGCCCCUUGUAAAAAUUUGGGCCUUAAGUUCUUGUUUCUCAAAUGGCCGGAGUUCCCCUUUAAAAGCAACUGUGGCUAGGGUCUCCCCUGCUGGUUGUCACUGUGUGUGUGGGGGGGGGGGGGCAGAGGGAGCCAGGGAGAGACACCCAUUGGGAAGGGGUGAUACCCCCCCAAAUUCCAAUGCAGAUCCCCUUUGGGAGGGCGCUCUCCAAACUGUCCCUACUUCGGCUCAACGGACCGCCCUUCCUUACUAUUAAAAUGCCACCCCCCUGAGCUGCACCCCCCCUUUCUGUUCCCACCUUCACUGGGGGAGUGACCCCCAGGUCUCUUGCCAAGAACCCGUUCCACAGGGUGUAUUUCCGUUGUAAGAUAAUAGCUAUCACACAGAGGAGAGGAUUAAUGUCCCUUGUUUUAAAAAAUGCUAUUUAUGUAAAGAAGAGAAACUGGCCGUAUCCCUGUCUGUCGGGCAAAGCGGGGUAAUGCAGGCAUUGAUCAAAGGUAAUGGCCCAGCGACAGGAAGGUGUUGGCCUCCCAUUGCUCUGUGGGCCUGGCAGUAGAACGCCAGGCUCUGAAAUCAGAGCGUUUUGGGGGGGUUAUUUUUGGUUGGUUUUUAAUGCUGGAUUUACAGCCUGGCAGUUAGAUUACCCAAAGGACUCAGCACCCAGCGGGAACCUGGCCCGCUGGGCAAUUUGGUGGAUUUGGCGCUUGGUGAUCUGGGCCCAGAAGGUUCUGGUUUGGGGUGAAUCAGUGCGACUUUUUGCCCCGGGGUCUGUUUUGCGUCUGUAGGUGACUGUGAGGUUGUGUGAGAGAAUGGGGCUGUGUGGGGUGGGGUGUAAGUUUGUUUCCCUGUGUCUGUAUGCAGGUGUGUGUGUGUGUGUGUUUGUCCCUAUGAGUUUAUGUCUCUGUGUCUGUACACACGGGGGUGUGUUUGUGUAUGUGCAUGUGUGCCUGUCAAACAAUUGCCAAUUCUUGCAAUUUUAUCACACGUUUCACACUGUUUGUUUAUUAGUCAAAUCCCCAGCUCCUGGAGUCAGGUGAUUCUAUGAGACUCUUAGCUUUUUUUAAAGUAAGUUUCUAUCCCUCCUUGUUCACGGGGAAACUCUUGCAAACACAACCCUGAAAGGUGCCGACACCUUUUGACAACUAAAAAUGAUUAUUUUUAAAGUCUCAUGACUUUAACGCCAAUCUCCUCUCUUUUCGGGGUUGGCCUGACGAUUUUUUAACAUUUGAGGUUGGCAACACUGAUGCCCUCUCCUCCCGCUCCGUGUGUGCGCAUGCGUGAUGCAUGUGUGCAUGCAAAUGGGCGCUGAUGCGUGUGAACGUAGCUUCUGAUGACGACUCACUCCAUGUUAAUGUUACAUUUGCUUUGUGGGGCUUAGCCAGGGAUGGUGACUGACAGUUUUUCCCCUAACCCCUUUUCUGUCCCAUGCUCUGUUUCCUAUUGAAGGGUGGGAUUAACUGGAUCUAAAGACGAUGUACAUAUUUCCUUCUGGAUGUGUCACUAACAUACACUAUAGCGAAUGAUCCUGCACUGCCCCCAUCAGCAAGAGAAAUGGACGUGUUUGAUCUCUGAUUUCCACCGGUCUCUCCUAGUCCACUCCCGGCUCUGAGCUUCUCCAUUAGUCUUCUUGAAACACACGCGUUUUUAAUGGUUCCAUGUAAAUACUGAGCAACAGCGAGCUGGAAAAGGUUUUUUCCCCCCUUCUCUUUGUUUUUGGUGAAUGGUGAUAGUUCCCCUUCCCCUCCCUGGAAUUGUCUAUUUCUUAGACUUGUGUUUAUUAGAGAGCUCAACGGUGUGAUGUCCGUGUCGGGUCGGUGUUGCGUGUUAGAAGCCGGCUAAUUUGGAUUGUUUGUGCCCUGUUUACACCACGCUGCCCUCUAUUCGUUGGAGCUGCCAUGUUUUAUGGUGGAAUCUCUCCCUUUUUUUGUUUCUGAACCUGGGGGGAUCCUGCUAGCCCCCCCGCCGCCUGGUCACCUCUGUGUGUAUGUGCGCGCCCGGUGAUCCUGACCCAAGGGGCGUGUGACGAUUCUGGACCAGUGCUUGGCCAGGCUGUGAUGCAGGGGCAAGACACCCCCCACUUUGCCAGGCAGCCUCCUUUUGCAGCAGGACCCACGAACCCUCCCACCAAGCAGGUCGAGGGCCUGAUCCUGGGAGCUGCUGAGCUGCAGGUGGGAGGCGCUUGCCCCUCCAUAGGCUUGAGGGGGGUUGAGGAUGCUUGGGGCCUUAGCCUCCGGCAGCAUUGGUUUGAAAUGCCCCUUCUGGUGGGGGUGCCAUGCCAAGAUGGCUCUGGCUGAUGGCUGGUUUGGUAUGGGAGGGGGGUGACCAGUCAAUGAGGCAGAUGACAUCAGGCCUGAUUGCUGCCCCGAAAGGACCAUUUUCAGGGCUAUGGGGUGAGGUCAGGAGGGGAAGUCACAUAGGUGCCCCCCCACCCCCCCCGGCCCCUCAGUGCUUCCAGCCCAGGCAGGCUGAGGGCCCUGGCCUGGGUGUAGAUGACCUUGUGAGACCGUUUCUCUCCGGGGUGGGCAUGGCCCCAUGGAGCUUUCUGCCAGGUUGUGCCUAGUGGAGAGGCCGGGCACCACUCGUUCCCUGUAGCCGGGGGCUGUGAUGGGCUUUGCCAGCAGUGCCAUUUUACACCAGGGGAGGAGCUGGCCCCUAAUUUAAAACGUUAAGUCCCCCCUGGCCUCCCCUGUCUGUCGGUCCCUUCUCGUCCGAUUGAACGAAUGACAGUGACUUUUUUGUACUGACUCUUUUCUAUUCCUAGUUACUUUCUGAGCUGGGUUGCUAGACGCUCAGAGCCCUGAUGCUGUACAUUUCUUUUAUUUCUCGGUCGUGCGAGCUGAUCCCAUGUUCCUGCCGGUGAAUGACUCCUUUUGUUACUUUUCAGUUACUUUUAUUAAAUUUAAAGCAAAAAAAAAAAAAAAAAAAUCCCUCACGCAUGCUGGCUGUGUUGUUUUCAUCUUGUCCUCCUUGGCGCAGGCAUUUCAGAGGCAUCCUCCAAGGAAGCCAAGUGAGUUACACUGUUGUAAAAUGGGUGUGAGAGGAGAAUUGGGCAUUCUGUGCCUCAGUUUCCCCAUCUGCAUUAACAAUACGGGCUGAUCUCCUGGGGAGGUGAGACUGGAAAGGGUUCAAAUGAAUAUUCGUGUCUGUAAAAGGCCUGGAGAUCUACAGCGGGAAGGCGCUGGAGAGGGGCAGGUUGUUAGUACAGGGGUCCAUGUGCUAGUGAAUACCUGAUGAGCGGGCAUAUGUCUGGAAGAGUGUGUGUUUGCCGUUGAGUGGAAUUGAAUGAAUCAAGGUGUGCGUGCGUGUGUGUGUGUGUGUGUCACUGUAUCUGAAGGAGCAAAGGGGUGUGUGUGUGUGGGGGGGGGGUCAGUCCGUCUUCGGGGCGGCGUGCAUAAGUUUGUCUGGAGCAGUGCAUCAAAGUACCUGGGAGCAGUGGAUCCGUGAGCGCCUCCACUUCGUUUGCCCGGCUGUUGCAGAGCAAGGCCUGGCAUCCCCAGGCAGCGCUGAGCAAAGAGUUAACAGCCCUUGGCUUAUCUGCUGGGACUGAGGCCAAGCCGGCUCCCUGCCCACCUGCUACUCCCACCCCACCCCAGCCCACGGAGACUCCAGCCGGCCUCCUUUGCUCGGGAUUUGUGCUGAGCUCUGCAGCCUGCAGCAAUGUGGCCGGUGCUUGUCCUCUGCCUCUGCCUGCUGGCCUUGGGGCUGCUGGGGGCCCGGCACUUCAGCCCGGCGGGGAACCCCUUUGCCGGGGGGCCCCUGCAGCCCCCCAGGCCGCUGGUCACGGAUCAGAAAGUCAGGGACAAGGUCCUGAAGCAGGGUUUCGCCCUGGAGAAGGUGCCACCCGACCUGGACGCCAUCGUGAUCGGCAGCGGGAUCGGAGGCCUGGCCGUGGCGGCUGCCUUGGCAAAGGCCGGCAAGCGGGUCCUGGUGCUGGAGCAGCACGACCAGGCGGGGGGAUGCUGCCACACCUUCCAGGAGAAGGGCUUUGAGUUUGAUGUGGGCAUCCACUACGUGGGUCAGAUGCACCCGAAGGGCAUGCUGCGGGUGGCUUUGGACCAGCUCACAGAUGGCCAGCUGGAGUGGGUGAGGCUGGAGGACCCCUACGACAGCGUGACGGUAGGGGACCGGGACUACCACUUGUGCUCGGGCAAAAGGACCUUUGCGGAGGAGCUGGAGAAGCAGUUCCCGGCAGAGAAGGAGGCCAUCAGGGAGUUCAUGAGGCUGUCCAAGAUGGCGGCGACACGGGUGCCCCUCAUUGCUAUACUCAAGAUGAUCCCCCUCUGGCUGGCCACGCUGCUGAUCCGCACUGGCCUCAUUCACUGGGUCUCCCCCGUCUUCAAGAUGGCGGGCACCAGCCACAGCCAGGUCAUGGAGCGGCUGACGGCCAACAAGGACCUGCAGGUGGUCCUCAGCUACUUCUUCUACGGCGUCCCCCCCCGGGACUCCAGCUUCCUCAUCAACGCCCUCAUGGUGCACCACUACAAGCGUGGCGCCUGGUAUCCACAAGGGGGCGCCAGCGAGAUCGCCUUCCACGCCAUCCCGGUGAUCCAGCGGGCUGGAGGCGCUGUGCUGGUGAGAGCCCGCGUGGGGAGGAUCCUGCUGUCCGAGGGCGGCGCGGCUCUGGGAGUGACGGUGCAGAAGCGGGGCCGGGAGGAGGUGGUUUAUGCCCCCGUGGUGAUCUCGGACGCUGGGAUAUUCAACACCUUUGGGACCCUGCUGCCCGCAGAGAUCAGGAGCAAAGCAGGGAUCCAGUCUGUGCUCAGCAUGGUACAGCAUGGCAUGGGCUCCUUUCUGGUCUUCGUGGGCCUCCAGGGGACCACCGAGGAGCUGGGCAUCAAAUCCACCAACUACUGGAUCUACCUGGACAACGAUCUGGACGAGAUGAUGACCCGCUACGCUGCCCUCAGCAGGGAGGAGGUCAGUGAGAACGUGCCCAUGAUGUUCAUCACCUUUCCAUCAGCCAAGGACCCCACGUACCAGCAGAGGCACCCAGGCCAGUCCUGCAUGACCAUCCUGACCAUGGCUCGCUACGAGUGGUUCGAAGAGUGGUCAGGGGCUGGUGUGAAGAACAGAGGGGCUGACUACCAUGCCUACAAGAUGGAGAUCGCCCAGCGGCUGCUGGACAUGGCCCUGGAGAGGUUCCCUCAGCUCUGUGGCAAGGUGGAGUUCCUGGAGGCGGCCUCCCCUCUCACCAACCAGCACUACCUGGGGGCGCCCCGCGGCGAGAUGUACGGGGCCGAGCAUGACGUGAGCCGCUUCGCGCCGGCCGUCGUGGCCACCCUGCGGGCGGAGACGCCCGUCCGGAACCUCUACCUCACGGGGCAGGACGUCUUUAGCUGCGGCCUGGCCGGCGCCUUGCACGGCGGCCUCAUCUGCGCCUCCGCUGUCCUCAACCGCAUCCUCUACGUGGACCUGCUGCUCCUGAAGAAGAGGCUCAAGAGGGAGCGUGGCAAGAAAGCAGCCUAGGGCCCCCCCCGGCAGGGGGGGAGUGGACCCCAUCCCUGCUCACGCGACCCAGGGACUAGCUGCCCCAUCUCCGUCCUCUGAUGCUCAGCCUCGCCGUGCCCCAGCUCUUUCCCUGGGGCUGGGAACGUGCCGGAGAAGGAAGGUCGGAACCUCAUCUACACACCCGUUCUCACCCCCAAACCUGCUUUUCCACCCCCAGUCUGGGAUUUCCCUCCACCCACCCCGGCCGCUGGCUCUGUGCAUCGGUCUACAUGGCAAUUAGAUACCUGCGGCUGGCCCGUGCCAGCUGACUCAGGCUCGCAGGGCUCGGGCUAAGGGGAUCCUUAAUUGCGGUGUGGACAUUUGGGCAGGUGUUUUGGGACCCUGUGAGGUGGGAGCUCGGGUGGCAGCCCAGGCCUGAACAUCUGUGUCUCCAGCUGCUGGGCCAUUGCCCUGGAAUGAGGAGACAAAACCCAGCCUGGCUUUCUGCCUCUAACAUUUUGGGGUGCAGUCCAGCCCACUGAGGGGCUGUACCACCCCUGGCCUGCUGCCUCGAGUGCAUUGCAGGCAGCAGGCAGGUUCCCAUCCUGAGUGUCUGAGGAAAGCCACAGCCCUGGUCCAGCAGCUCUGCCCCAGCAGCCUGCCAGCACUUGCCGGUCACCCUCUGACUCCACCAGCCUGGGUUACCACUUCCCGGGUGGCCUCAACACAUUCCCCGUCCCCGAUUUCCCCCCAGAAUGCGCGUUCUGCGCUGUCCAUCCCUUGCCUGGUCUGUUGCCCCUCUGAGAGGCUCAAUAUACGACAGCUUGCCACCUUCAAUGGAGUUACCCAAACAGUUUGCAACGUUGGAUUCAUUUUGAUUAAGAAUCAAAUUCGUUUAUUGAACUACAAGUGUUAGAAUUUAAGUGAGUACAAGAAGAAGGCACUGAAGUCAGAAAUGGUGACAGGAGAAAUAAAGGUAAAACACUUUCUAAACUGAAACUAGGCUUGG